UCUCAGUCGUCGCUCGCUCGCCGUGCUGUGCGGACCUACACCAGCCACCUCUCCGCUCUCCCCCCCUGAAUCUCUGUCUCUCUCUGCCUCUCUCCUCCGGUGCUCCGCUCUCUGCUAUGACAGCUCACACCAGCAGCGUGUUGCCCGAUCUCAGACAACCGACAACCUGUCACCGGUUAUCCUGUCCAAACGUUAACAUGGACAUGUGUGUGUGGUAUAUUCGUGAUUGAUCGUCGGGUGUAAAUAUUAUUUUUUGUAAAAACGAAAGAAAAAGGAGGAGGGGGGGCGGCCGUCCUCUUUUACCCCCCUCCGCUUCCUUCAGCCAAGCAGAGCGGCAAGGUGGGGAGAAGGCUUUAUAAUUAAGCCAGCUUGGAUUUAUUUAACAGGAAAAUGACGGAUUUGGGAGCAACGGACCUGCUGCUGAUGAGGAGGGGGCUGAAUGUGAAGAAGAGCGGCAGGCUGAGACGCGACCUCCCGCUUCUCCUCAUGCUGGGGCUCCUCUUCGGGGAUCUCUCCUCGUCCAAGGUUGAAUCUUGUGGUGGUGUCGUCCAGGGACUGAAUGGCUCCAUAGAGUCGCCGGGUUUCCCCCACGGCUAUCCCAACUACGCCAACUGUACGUGGCUGAUAAUAACAGGGGAGAGGAACCGGAUCCAGCUAACCUUCGUCACGCUGGCGCUGGAGGAAGACUUUGAUAUUGUAUCAGUUUACGAUGGACAACCGUCGCCUGGCAACCUAAAAAUGAGGUUAGAAAUGAUUAUUUCAUUUACAGUUUGAUCUUCAAUCUGCUUCUCUAUUUCUAUCUCUGCCAUCUUUCUCUUCAAACCUCCCUGACUCUCAGUUUGAGUGUUGCCCAUCAUCUUCUCCAUCUAUACUCAUCAACUUCUUCUGAACAGACACUCAACAUUUGGACAACAUCAUAUUUGUCAUACUUAUCCCUACCAAGA